AUGGGAAGAUCUAAACCACGUACGAACAAAAGACCACCACCAAAACCUCAAGCUCAAUUACAAGCUCAAGUUCAAUCUCGAUUACAACAAAGUUUGACCAAUCCCAAUCUCAAUCCCAAUCUCAAUCUGAAUCUCAGUCCUAACUCGAUACCUUAUUCCACGAAUAUGAACAUGAGUGAUCCUGCCGAAUCGACAUUUACCACUGCUCUAUCGAAUUGGUCUGCAAACGCACUUGGACGAUUGGACAACAUACCGAAACUUACUCAAUCACAAUUAACUGCUCUUACAGGUGCUGCAGCAGGUAUUGGAGAAGCAAACUUUUUAUCGAACCCUUCCAGUAUUCCUCCUCAAUCAUAUAACCCAAAUUUACCAAUUGACUUACCGGCAAGUCUGGCAGCUCUGUUCGAAGCGAAACUCACUUUGGAUAGAGAAAAAGCGAAAUUACUCAGAAUGCAACAGGAACUAAAAGGUCAAAAAGAAGAACAAGACCGUCCAAAAGGAAAAGCUGUAGCUGUCGUAGAAGAAGAAUGUACUUGCGGAAGGAGUCAUUCAUAUCCACCCUCUGAACAUGACCAUGACCAUGACCAUGACCACGAUCACGAUCACGACUACGACCAUGACCACGACCACGACCAUGGCCAUGAUCAUGGACACGACCACGAUCAUUCAGAAUGCGAUUACGACUGUGAGGAAGAUUGCGAUUGCGACUGCCAUUCGUAUAUAGAUGAAUACGAACAUACGUGCGACCAUGAGUUUGAAGAACCGCCCAAACGUCCACUGACGGAAGAUCCGGAAAGACUGGACGAGACGGUGAGAGAAUUAUUUAAUUGGAUAAAAGCUGUAGUGUGGACAAUAGAACAAGCUGCUAUAGUGUCAGGGCGGCGGAAUUGGAGUCAACCAAAGUGA